UAUCAAAAUACUGUACUGAUCGGCGAGAUGAUUUCUCGAUUCAUCAUGACAGGAUUGAUAGGAAUCUUCGUGGUGAUCCCUUUGACGACGCUUUCAUACCAGCCCAGAGCAAAGAUGCAGUUAGGAGUCGUCUCAGCAUGUGUUGUAGCAUUCUCAUGUCUAGUUUCCGCUUUUCUCAAAGUCAGAAGCGUGGAGAUGAUGAUGGUGACAACUGCUUAUAGCGCCAUCCUCACUGUUUUAAUGUCAGAUAUGUAA